CGGCGCGGCGCGGCGCUCGCGGCUGCUGCCUGGGAGGGAGGUUGGCCAGGCGGCGGAGCGGCGCGGCUCUCAACCUGACGGGGAAGUGGCCCAGGCUGCCGCAACGAAUUACCGCGAGGCGGACGGACGGACCGACGGACAGGCGAACCACGGGGGCGAAGGCUGGGAGCGGAGCCGGGCGACUUAAGGAGCGAGCGGGUCAGGCUCAGCGUCGGCCACUCUGUCGGUCCGCUGAAUGAAGUGCCCGCCCCGCUGAGCCCCGAGCCCGGCGCUUUCCCCGCAAGAUGGACGGUUUCGCCGGCAGCCUCGAUGAUAGUAUAUCUGCUGCAAGUACUUCUGAUGUUCAAGAUCGCCUCUCAGCUCUUGAGUUACGAGUUCAACAACAAGAAGAUGAAAUAACUGUGCUAAAGGCAGCUUUGGCGGAUGUUUUGAGGCGUCUUGCAAGCUCUGAAGAUCAUGUAGCCUCAGUGAAGAAAUCAGUCCCAAGUAAAGGUCAGCCAGGUAUUCGAGAAGCUAUUUCCAUGACCUGUAUAACCAAUGGGAGUGGAGCAAACAGAAAACCAAGUCAUACCAGCUCUGUCUCAGUAGCCAGAAAAGAAACACUUUCAUCUGCUGCUAAAAGUGGUACAGAAAAAAAGAAAGAAAAACCACAAGGACAGAGAGAAAAAAAAGAGGAAUCUCAUUCUAAUGAUCAAAGUCCACAAAUUCGAGCAUCACCUUCUCCCCAGCCCUCUGCACAGCCUCUCCAAAUACCCAGACAAACUCAAGAAAGCAAGAAUUCUACUCCCACCAAAAGCAUAAAACGACCACCAACGGCUGAGAAGUCACAUAAUUCAUGGGAAAAUUCAGAUGAUAGUCGUAAUAAAUUAUUAAAGGCAGUUUCAACAUCAAAAUUAAUAUCAAAAGUUAUAAAAAAUACAGACAAGCAUAAAGAUGUCAUCAUCAACCAAGCUGAGAAAAAAAGCCCAUACUACACUUUGGACAUGGAAAAUGUGCCGUUUAAAGGAGAAUAUGUUAAAAUGUUUAUGCGAGGUCGGCCAAUCACAAUGUGUUUUCCUUCUGAUGUUGACAACUAUGAUGACAUCAGAACAGAACUGCCUCCAGAGAAGCUCAAACUGGAGUGGGCAUACGGUUAUCGAGGAAAAGACUGUCGAGCUAAUGUUUACCUUCUUCCUACCGGGGAAAUAGUUUAUUUCAUAGCAUCAGUAGUAGUGCUAUUUAAUUAUGAAGAGAGAACUCAACGACACUACCUGGGUCAUACAGACUGUGUGAAAUGCCUUGCUGUACACCCUGACAAAAUUAGGAUUGCAACUGGACAGAUAGCUGGAGUGGAUAAAGAUGGAAGGCCUCUGCAACCCCAUGUCAGAGUGUGGGAUUCAGUUAGUCUAUCCACACUGCAAAUUAUUGGACUUGGAACUUUUGAACGUGGAGUAGGAUGCCUGGAUUUUUCAAAAGCAGAUUCGGGUGUUCAUUUGUGUGUGAUCGAUGACUCCAAUGAGCAUAUGCUUACUGUGUGGGACUGGCAGAGAAAGUCAAAAGCAGCGGAAAUAAAGACAACAAAUGAAGUUGUUUUGGCUGUGGAGUUCCAUCCAACAGAUGCAAAUACCAUAAUAACAUGUGGUAAAUCUCAUAUUUUUUUCUGGACCUGGAGUGGCAAUUCACUAACAAGAAAACAGGGAAUUUUUGGGAAAUAUGAAAAACCAAAAUUUGUGCAGUGUUUAGCAUUUUUGGGGAAUGGAGAUGUUCUGACUGGAGACUCUGGUGGAGUAUUACUUAUAUGGAGCAAAACUACUGUAGAACCCACACCUGGAAAAGGACCUAAAGGUGUUUAUCAGAUCAGCAAACAAAUCAAAGCUCAUGACGGCAGUGUGUUCACACUUUGUCAGAUGAGAAAUGGGAUGUUACUAACUGGAGGAGGAAAAGACAGAAAAAUAAUUCUGUGGGAUCAUGAUCUGAAUGCUGAAAGAGAAAUUGAGGUUCCUGAUCAGUAUGGAACAAUCAGAGCUGUAGCAGAAGGAAAAGCAGAUCAAUUUUUAGUAGGCACAUCACGAAAUUUUAUUUUACGAGGAACAUUUAAUGAUGGCUUCCAAAUAGAAGUCCAGGGUCAUACAGAUGAGCUGUGGGGUCUUGCCACACAUCCCUUCAAAGAUUUGCUCUUGACAUGUGCUCAGGAUAGACAAGUGUGCAUGUGGAACUCAGCGGAACAUAGGCUGGAGUGGACCAGACUUGUGGAUGAACCAGGACACUGUGCAGAUUUUCAUCCAAGUGGCACAGUGGUGGCCAUAGGAACGCACUCAGGCAGGUGGUUUGUUCUGGAUGCAGAAACCAGAGAUCUGGUUUCUAUCCACACAGACGGGAAUGAACAGCUCUCUGUGAUGCGCUACUCAGUGGAUGGCACGUUCCUGGCUGUAGGAUCUCAUGACAACUUCAUUUACCUCUAUGUAGUCUCAGAAAAUGGAAGAAAGUACAGCAGAUACGGAAAGUGCACUGGACAUUCCAGCUAUAUCACACACCUUGACUGGUCCCCAGACAACAAGUAUAUAAUGUCUAACUCGGGAGACUAUGAAAUACUGUACUGGGACAUUCCUAGUGGCUGCAAACUAAUCAGGAAUCGAUCAGAGUGUAAGGACAUCGAUUGGACAACAUACACCUGUGUACUAGGCUUUCAAGUCUUUGGCGUCUGGCCAGAAGGAUCUGAUGGGACAGAUAUCAAUGCGCUGGUGCGAUCCCACAAUAGGAAGGUGAUAGCUGUUGCUGAUGACUUUUGCAAAGUCCAUCUGUUUCAGUAUCCCUGCUCCAAAGCAAAGGCCCCCAGUCACAAGUACAGUGCCCACAGCAGUCAUGUCACCAAUGUCAGUUUUACGCAUAAUGACAGUCACCUGAUUUCAACGGGUGGAAAAGACAUGAGCAUCAUUCAGUGGAAACUUGUGGAAAAGUUGUCUUUGCCUCAAAACGAGAUCGUAGCAGAUACUACUCUAACCAAAGCCCCCAUCUCUUCCAUUGAAAGCGUCCUGCAAUCCGAUACUCCCACACCACCUCCUUCCCAGCCCUUAAAUGAGGCAGCCGAAGAAGAAGGCAGAGUAAGCAGUUCUCCCACACUUCUGGAGAACAGCCUGGAACAGACUGUGGAGCCCAGCGAGGAGCACAGCGAAGGGGGCAGCGAAGACCUCGGAGGGCCGGUUGAUGAAGAGCUACCCAAUGAGAUGAGCGAGGAGCCGAAUGAAGCCGCUCUUACUGAGGACCAGCAAGACCCUCCACCUCUGUCCUAAAUAACACCAGGGCUCGAAUGCUCCGACCCUGAGCCAGAGUUCAGAUGACAGGCCGAGAAGUGAUGAAGAAUCACUGCUGGCCGAGAUCUUGGCUUCCACGUGGUCUGUUUUCUUCAGUAGUCUUCUCUUCAGUCAGUCAAAUGCAGCCAACCUAAGGGUUCGGUUUGGUGUAUGUUGAGGAUUAAUCAAACAAUAGUAGGAAAGACUGAAACAUUAAUUAUGUCUCAGAAAGUACUGUGUAAGUGAUAAGAUGUAAAUACUGGAAGCAAAAACAGCAGUUGUAUUUGAUUUAAAACAAACCCCUUGUUAUCUGAACAUGUUUUCUUCAGAAACAACCAGAGGCAUCACAAACACUGUUACUCAUCUACUGGCUCAGACUGUGCUACUUCUUUCCUGAUGCAGAAAAAGAAAUCAAAAAGGAAAAAAAAUGCUUUCUUAUUGAGCUACCCUCCUACCCCAAAUAUCUAGAGGAAAUUUUUUUAGUUAAGAAAGACUCCAGUAUUGCCACAGGCAGUGGCGUUGCCUUCUUGAAUAAUAAUGCCAUUUCCUACACUACCGGUUGAUGUCCUGGUGUGCUUGUUAGUCUACUAUAUAGGUGCUGCCUUUUCUAAGUCAAAAUAAGGAACAGUCUCAACUUGUUGUGUGCAAAUCUAUUUUAUCUUAGAACUAAGAAAGCAGUGGUUUGUUAGAGAGCUUUUAAAUGUAUAUUAAACCAUUGAUACUCAGAAAUAAUGGAGUCCCCCAAGGAUUCCUUUACUGGCCUGAACAUUUUUAAAUGUUUGGCAUUCAAGGAAAAU